AUGGCCGCCUUCCAGCUGUUUUUCCCGCUGUUGGUCAGCUGUGUGGCGGCAUCUGCACGCCCUCCUCGCCACCUCCCUUCAUGUCAAGUUGUCCAGAUGGAUGUGUUCUGCAGCGAUCUGAGCCUCAGAAGUGCACCAAACGACCUUCCUCCUGAUGUACAAAUGCUGGACCUUUCACGUAACCAGGUGCAAAAUCUCUCCCAGGAAACUCUAGCGUACCACACCAGCUUCCACCAUCUGAAUCUUCACUCAAACAAGAUCCACUUCAUCCAGCCUGGGCUUUUCAGAAAUAUGACCGAUCUCAAAGUCCUGGAUCUGUCCAGGAAUCAUUUAAAUGUUUUUGCUCUCUCCAAAACUAACAUUGGGCCUCUUACAGCUGUAGAGUCUCUAGAUCUUUCAAGCAAUGGGCUGUACACAGGGAUGUCAGACUAUUUCCUGGCUGAUUCUCCAUCACUGACAAACCUUUCUCUGAACAGCAAUAGCAUAACCAAAAUAGCACAAAACACCUUCAUUGGAUCCUUGUCUUUGAAGAAAAUCAGCCUCCACAAUAACGUCAUUUUGGAGAUAGAAGAUGGAGCUUUUGACUCAUUGAAUCAUCUGACUGAACUCGAUUUGUCCAAAAACUCAAUCACAUGCAUCACAGACUUCAACCUCUAUAAUUUAAAGGUGCUUAAUCUCAGCAAGAACAGCAUGGAGCUUUUCCAUAGCUCAAAAUCAACUGUUUCGUAUGAAAUUCUCUCUCUCGAUCUGAGUCAAAACAAAAUUUCUUCCUUUCCUCUUCUUCCGAGAAUUAACAAACUUAAAUAUCUGGACAUUUCACGAAACCAACUUCAGAGCAUCAAUGUUACAGAAACUAAUACAAACAUUAUUUUGAUGCAUCUGAGUUACCUGGACAUGAGUUACAACCAACUCAAAAGCAUACCAGAGUCCUUUUUUUCCUGCAUGAUAUCUCUUGAGGUCCUCAAUGUGAGCAAUAACUGUAUUGAUUCAUUUUCUAUCACUAAUGAACAUUUUUUUUCGCGAGUGAGGAUUAUCAAUCUCAGCAAUAAUAACCUGCAGAGUCUGACAUUUGGAGAAAAAACUCUGCAAUCACUGGAAGAGCUUGUCUUACAAGGAAAUGACUUGACAACCCUGGACCAUCAAACAUUUCAAAGACUUCCUAGUAUCAUACACCUGCAUCUUCAGCAGAACAAUCUGAAAAUCUGCACUUCAGAGAAAAAGCCAUCACUGACAGACCUCGACCACCAGGAUCCUUCAGGUUGUGUCUCCUUUUCUUCUAUUCCAAAUUUGCAGUUCUUGUACCUCUCUGAAAACAACCUGGAGACUCUGCCUGCGAAUGCGUUUGCAAACACCCAUUUACGGUUACUGGACUUGUCCCUGAACCCGGGCUUAGACAUGCAUAAAGACUCCCUCUCUGGUCUCGAGCAUUCCCUGGUUCACCUGCUCCUGAGGGAAAACAACAUUUCCAAACUGAACACGGACCUGUCCUCGCUGAGGAGUCUCAAACACGUAGACCUUUCCACCAACCAGUUGACUAGUCUGCCAAUGUGGACCAAAGAUUCCUCCAUUGAGUCACUAAACCUGCAAAACAACAAUCUUGUCACUCUGGAGUACAACACCAUGGCGGCUCUGGAACGCUCUCUGAAAACCCUCUACAUGGGCUCCAAUCCUCUGAGCUGCUGCAAAAACCAUGGCUUCCUUCACUUGGUUCAGCACUCAGCCGUGGUUGUUCCCGACAUUGAGACUGUGACCUGCAUCCAUGAGGAGAAUUCAGAGCCAGUCAACAUAGAGACAGUGACCCAGGAAAUGUGUCAGAGACAAGGACAGCCAAACUAUAUUAUUGUUAUUGUAGUGCUAGCGUUAGUUACGAUCAUCGUGGUGGGACUGGUGGCAAAAUGUUGCCAUGCGAGGAAACGAAAGCACAACCGAAGCUUUAGUGCGUAAUGGGAAUAAACUGUGCAUAUUCAGCUCUUUGAAGGAAUUUAUAUUUGGAAACGUUCUUUUCACAAGACGGUUGGUGGGUUUUAAGCAGAGACAAUUAAAAAAAAAAACAACAUGAAUGUAGUUUCUGUGAUGGCGCCCAGCGGUUUCUGAAGAGACAACCUGAAGCUUUGAUUUGGUUUUACCACUGCAGUCUUUGUUCAUAGAGGAAAUAAAUCCAGAUUGGUGAAGCUGAGAAGGGACAGUGAAGAAGCAACAUAAAGCAAACCUGUGCCCUAACAUCUCCUCAAUGAAGCAAUAAUGCUGGAGAAGUGAACUCAAAGUUUUUUGCAGUCAGCAUCUAGUGGCAAUUUGAAGAAACUGCAACUUUAGACCCUUAUGGCUACAGCAGUAGUUUUCUGCUUGGUUCUUGAUAUCAAAUCACAUGAUUAUAAUGAAUGUAAAAAGGAAAAAUCCACACUAAAACAUAUGAACACUGUUUACCAUUUUCUCCUAUACAGUGGUCACAAAAGACCAGGCUGAAAUGCAGCCAAUAAAAAAUGUCUGUCAUUUUAGAAAAUAUGCUUAUUGUCUUUCUUGCUAAUAGUUAGAUGAGAAAAUUGAUAGCAAUGUAGCAUUUGUCUGCUAAAUAAAAAGUUAAUGCCAGCAACCGCUUAGCUUAACUUUGCAUAAAGAUUGAAAACACUGGUGAAACAGUUAGCCUGACUCUCUCCAAAGGUAACAAAAUCAGCCUAUCAGCACCUCUAAAGCACUCAAAUGAAAAGAAGUGUAAAAGUGACAUUGUUUUUUUUUUUAAUGUCUGAAAGUUUCUUAGCCAAUCAUUAUAGAUACAUUUUUACGUUUUUUUUAAUCGUACUAAACAAAUGAUUUAACAUGCUAAUUAGUCAGCUUUAGAGGUGCUGGUAGACAGAUUUUUUUCCACCUUUGGACAGAGCCAAGUUAGCUCUUUCUCCAUUACCAGUGUUUAUGCCAAGCUAAACUGACAGCUGAGCCACCAAACAAACAGAGCUGCUGGCAUUUGCUUUGCAUUUAACAUAAGAGAAGAGUGGUAUCAAUCCUCUCAUCUUAUACUCUUGGCAAGAAGGCUUGGCAAUGAGCUUAUUUACCACAAUGUUUAUCUAUAUUCCUUUAAAGGUUGAAUGAAGGGGUUCUUGAAAAUGUAGAUAAAUCAGUGACUGAAACAGAGACGGAUAAAACAGACUGACGGAGAGUGGAACAAAGUCAGAUGUCUUCACUCAGUGAAGUUCAGUGUAAGAUUAUCUGUGAGUGGAAUUUUCCUUGAAGCUAAGAAUAAAGAAGACAACACUACAAAGGGUCAAGAAACAAAAUGCCCUUUGUUCUUGGAUGUAUGUUUGCUAUUAUUAGAUUAAGGACAUUAUCUGAGAGGACUGCACACAGUCCCUUUACCCUUUAUAUAGAUUGCACUUUACCUUUCCUCUUGUUUAUGUGAUUGUCUCUUGUUCUGUGACUGUUAACACUAAGAAAUGUAUAAUGUUCAAGCAUAUAAUUUAUUAUUUUUUUUACUAUAAAACUAAGCUGGACAUUUUAAACAGUAUGUUUGUCUGUAUUGAUCCCAGGCCUGUGGUGCUCCUUCUGGACACAAUAAUGUUGAUUAACUUUCGGGAUGAAGCUGAAAGCCAGAGUAAGCACUGACAUUAAUAACUGUGAUACUCCAAUAUAGGAGUACCAUAUACAGUAUGUACUGUAUAUAUUUUAAAUAAAUAAACAUGAAAUCCAGCGCUGUAUUGUAGUGGGUUACACUGGGAUACACAAUUUCAUAUGAUGCUAAUGCGCUUAAUCCUAAAACCAAAUUAUGUCAAGCUGAUUACCUUUUUUAUCCUGUGACUAAAUUUUUGUAAAACAAGCAAACCAAAUGAAGGCCUUUUUAAAAUUAUUUGUGUGAUUAAAAAAACAAAAUAUGUAUACCUCUGAACACUGUAACCACACCAGCACAUUUCAGUUACCUCACUCCUCAUUACUCAGCUUACGCCUUAAAAGUUGCAUUUCACUCUGUACAUAUUCAGAAUAUUUGGAGGUUUGGCACACAUUAUGAUAACAUUUUACGUAAUGCGGUGCUUCCUUGAUGAGAGUCAGAUGAGAAGAGUGGUAUUGAUCUCCUCAUCUAACUUUCAGAAAGAAAGCAAAUAAGUGCACUUCCCAAUGUGUUGGAUCUUUAAUCAUUACUGUCUAAGCUUUAUGAGAAAAGUCAUGACAUGAUAUUAAAUUGGAUGUUUGAA